AUGAAUAAUGAUCGUUGGAUUGACAACAAGAUUCAUCAUCUGCGUCAUGAAAAUAAUCUCAUCAACACAACCAUCGUAGCAACCAUUUAUGGAGAGAAUAAAAUUGUGUACGGAGUGAAAGACUUACAAAAUGGUCUUGCUACCAUUGAAUUUACAAAUUCACAACUACAAGUCGGAUUUGACACUCUUCGCUUGGAAACCACUCAAUCAAAAACUUUGCAACAAGAUUUUGAAAUUGCAAGUGCAUCAGGUUAUAUUGAAGGAUUUGUGACCAUGCAAAAGAUUUAUAAUCACUGGAUGAAUAUGAACAUCUAUUCUUGGUGGUAUACGAACGAGAAUCGAACCAAUGGAAUGCCACAACAAGUUCGAACAUUCUUUCAUGAUCAAUUGACUUGGAUGGUCCAAAAAUGUAAUACACAUCUGAAUGGAAAAACAGAAGAGGAUUUAUAUUGGCAACAAGUUUAUUUAAUUUAUUUGCAACAACUUGGUCUUGUUAAGGGAUACAAUGACGCAGUACAGCUCAAUUUUGGAGAUAUUUGGGAUAUUGAUGGAAAAGUAUUUGGUUUGGAUUUUUCGAAAAUGAGCCUACCUGAAUUACUGAGCUAUAUGAAAACUCAUUCUCAUUGCUCUGCAUUGUUUAAACUCACUGCAGAUCGAAGAGAUAUUUUCUUUAGUCAUACAGUAUGGGGAUCUUUUAGCACCAUGACACGAAUGCUCAAGACUUAUACCAUGAACUAUUUGAAUCCUCUCACAAAAUCCAAGACUGUGACAUUUUCUUCAUAUCCUGGUACUCUUGGAUCCAAUGAUGAUUAUUAUAUGACCGAUCAGGGACUCGUCAUUAUUGAAACAACGAUCAACAUUUUUAACAAGUCACUUUAUAAUCAUACCAAUCCUCAAUCCUUAUUAUGUUGGAUGAGAGUCAUAUUGGCAAAUAGAAUGUCCUCCAAUGGACCAGAAUGGUACUCUCUAUUCAAGCAAAAUAACGGAGGCACCUAUAACAAUGAAUGGAUGAUUCUCGACGUUAAGAAAUUUACUCCAGGAUCACCAACUCUUCAACCUGAUUUAUUUUGGGUCAUUGAUCAAAUACCAGGUAGUGUGUUGGGUCGAGAUCAAACACAAGUACUCUCUCAAAAUGGAUACUUUGCGUCCUACAAUGUACCUUUCUAUUCUGAAAUUUUUGCCCUGACUGGAUAUUUAGAUCUUCUCAACAAGAAACCAAGCAUGUAUCAUCAUGAUUGGAGUCAUGAAACGUGUGCGAGAGCAGAAAUUUUCAAAAGAGAUCAACAUUUAGUGAAUGAUUUGACAAGCAUGAAAAGAAUCAUGCAAUACGACAAUUAUCAACACGAUGAAUAUUCUUUCAACAACCCAGAUUUAAUUAUUUCUGCAAGAGAUGAUCUAUUUCCUGGUCCAGCCUCAACACGAAGUUGUGCAGGUGGUUAUGAUAGUAAGAUUUCUUCCAUCACUCAUUGGAAAAAGGUUUAUUUUCGAAGUGGACCCUCUCAUGAAUACACUCCAAUUUUCACAUGGUCCAACCAAUGCAAUGUCAGACAUUCACAUAUUGGCAUGCCCAAGACUUGGAACUUUCCUUGGGUGGAGCUGGAGAGUAGAGUUUAG